AUGUCUGAAAAAACGGAGGAGUUACAGAGUCACGUUUCCGAAAGAAACGAAAGCGCUCAACUCCUCAACACAGCUGUUGCGAGCCGCGGUCGGGAUCAGACCCGAUCCUCCUCGGGGAACCGAGAGGCAAGGCGGAAAGUUGGGCGGCAGCCGCCGGGGUGGGUCGGGGGGUCCCUGUCCGUCACCCGGCCCUGCUGCCCCGGCCCCGGGUCCGCCCACCGCGCAGGGCCAGCGCCACGACCGCGCCCGCCGCCCCCGUCGGCCCCUCGCCGGCUGCCACGUAACCCUUCGCGGGAAGCAGGAACUGCGCGGCGCGGGAGGGGGCGGCGGGCCGGGCCGGGGCCGCAGGGCCGCGGGGCGUUGCGGGGGGUUGCGCGGCGCUGGUCGGUUCCUCCGGGGUCGCCUGCCUCGGCCGGGGCCCGGGGGUUUCGGGGGGGGCCGGGACGGAGGGCUCACCUCGAACAUGAGCCCCAGCAGGAAGAGCAUCGCCAGGCAGGAGACGAUGUCCGCGUGAUUCUGCAGCACGAAUUCGUGGCUCAGCAGCGGCGGGUUCUUGUUGCUCUUCUUGCGAAUCGCCAUGGUGGAGCCGCCGCCUGGACCUGCAGAGAGAGAAUCUUUAAAAAGGAUUUUGAAGGCGGAACGUUAAAUGGAGCUGAAGCACCGGAGAAAAACAAGGACCAGGGCAUGCAGAAGCUGUAUUUCCCCAAGACCAGCAGAGGAAACAAAGCAGUUCAGGGAAUGUGUGCCACCCCGAGCAGGUGUGUCUUCCCACAGCCUGAUGAAGAUAACGCCUACAAAGGCAUGCUCAGAAGCGCAAUCUCCCCGGUCCAGGUGCUAGAAGCUCAUCAGCCUCUGGAGAGGUGCUGGAACCUUUAUGAGCUGGGGUCUUGUGGAAGGAAGGUAAGCAGUUUCCUCUACCAUGUGCUCCCUCCAUAAAGUACCACCUCGCCACAGCCACAACGAAACAGACCAAAUGACCAUGGGCUGAAAACGGUAAAACCCAGGCUGUUUCUUCUUUUAAUUUGACUACCUUAGGUGUUAGUUACAGUGAUGGGAAACUAACACACAGGCUUGUAAUUUUUACUUCUGCUUUUAUACAUACCUCUAUGUACUUGCUGUUUUUGUUGUUGUUUUGUUUUGUGGUGUUUGGGACUGAUCCCAGAGCCUCAGGCACGCUUGAAUGCUUUGCCGCUGGACUAUAGCUAAAGCCCUAUUUACUGUUUUUUUUUAAAAAAUGGAUCUUGGAAAGGAGUAAUGAUAAGCAUGUGGCCAAUCUAUUAUAAAUAA